CUCCAGUCAGUUCUAUAUCAUGCCUACUACCUAUAUUCCCACUGUUGUCGUUGAUGAAGCUCAUUCUGAGGGUAUCUGGGAUAUUGCUUGGUCUAGUCAUACCAAUUUAGUCAUUACAGGAUCAGAAGAUAAUACGAUCAAAUGCUGGGAUGGCACUACAGGUGAACUCAAGUUUACUUUGGAAAAGCAUACAAUGGGUGUAGUUUCAGUUGAUGUAUCCAGUAAUGGUACUCGUUUAGUGUCUACUUCAGUCGAUUCAAAUAUCUGUAUUUGGGAUCUAACUAAUGGACAACUUGUCAAAUCGAUUACAGCAGCACCAGUUGAAGCUUGGAAAGCCAAAUUCAGUCCUGAUGGUCAGCUUGUAGCUACUGGUUCACACAAUGGCGAUAUCAAUUUCUAUAAUAUUGAAACAGGCGAGAAAGUCAACAGUUUGCCUACCAAAAACAAGUUCAUCAUGUCUAUUGCUUUUAGUCCUGAUGGAAGAUAUGUUGCUGGUGGUGCUGAAGAUGGUGCUAUUUAUGUAUUGAAUGUAGAGACAAAUCAAUUAGCACAUACUUUAUCAGGUCAUGCUAUGGCUGUGCGUGCCCUUUCUUUUGCUAGUGAUAGUAAGACAUUGAUCAGUGGUAGUGAUGAUAAGUGCAUUCAUGUAUACGAUAUUGAACAUGGACAAUUGGCUUCUACCUUGACAGGCCACUCAGAUUGGGUCUUGUCAGUUGCUGCUAAUCCUGAUAUCAGUAAGCAACAGUUAGCAAGCUGCGGAUCUGACAAAAAAGUCAAGAUUUGGGAUCUCUCUUUAAGAUCAGUAUUAGAAACACACGAAGUGCACACAGAUCAGAUUUGGGGUAUUCAAUGGAAUCCAGAAGGAACCAAACUUGUCUCUGGUUCUGAUGAUAAGUCUGUCAAAUGGUUUGCUAGUAGUGGUUCUUCAUAAACAAUGUAACAUAGAGCAUAAUAAAAUUUUAUUAAUGCAAAACUGUAUGUCUGUGUGUGUGUAUCGUCUUAUUGAUGACGUCGACACGAGAGCCACAACCCCGAAAAUAAAAAUUUGAAAGGGCCUUCCUAGGCCAUCGACUAGCA